GCAAGCCAAUGUAGUCCUGUUUGGCAGAAUGAGACUGUUGUGAUAAAAAUCUUGUCCAUAUGUGGUUAUUAGGGCUGAACUGAAUACAGCAGGCUCUGAUUUUGGGAGUUGGACAGAGUGGCCUGUGCUUUCGGGAGCUAGAGUUGUUCUUUGACUCUUUCUCCUGGUCCUUGGUCUUUCUUUGGCUUCCUCUAGUGACACUCAGCAAAGAAUGUGAUGAUUGGGAUUUUCCCCUUUGCCAGAUGAGGCGAGUUUUGUAAUGAAGAGUUUCAGACUAAACUCCUGUUCUCAACCUUGUGAAAUCCUGGGUAGGACAAAGGUGAAACAUGCCUGCCAUUCGCAGACUUAACUGGUUGAGGAAAUGGUGAGUAACUGAUUAUGCUUCUAAACCAAACUUGGGGUCCACUCGCCUAUCUGCUGCCUCCGGCUUGUGGUGAAAGGAAAGUGCAAUGUUUAUUGUCAGGCAGCAGACAAGGAGUCCAGGAAGCUAAUGCUCAAAAUACUCCUGAACUCCGUGGAUGGGUUUCAGCAAAGACUUUUUAAAGACAAGAGUGAGGAAACGGAGUCACGUGGCAGGGUUAUGUGAUCAGCUCAAGCACAGUUCUCUGAUUGGUCAAUGGUGAAAUAACAGAGUGGUAUCAGGCCAUCUGGGGGCUGUAUGCUCACAACCAUCACUUUAGUUUUCUCUUUGAUGGAGAUUUUAGCAUCGGUAAAACAACUCAGGAAAUGUGCAUCAGAUAAGCUUGUCUGGGAACUUCAGAGAGGGAAGGAGGUUUUGUCCCCGAAGACCCCAUAGCGUCCCGCCCCUUUACAGUUAUAUUGGACGUGUUGGGAAAGGCUGUUCUUACAAGUGGAGAGAGACAGGAGAAGCAUCUGGCAUGUCGAAGUUCCACUGUCUUCCAUGGGACUUCCUUUGUGAACAGCUUCCAUUUGAAAGAGUUUUGUGAAUACUUGGUUUCAGUCACGUCCCCAGCGAACACAUUUGUCUUCUCAUCUCCUGGAGCUCUUAAGAGCCCGAUGAUGUCCGCGGGGACCCUGCACUCAGCCAUCAGAGCGCUCCUGCCCCUCAGGAUGCUCGUCAUUCAGUCGUAGAUGCAGGCGGCGUUGAGAGCAUCACCCAGUGUUCCCAGCAGCUUCCUCAGAUGAUGGCUGCAGCAGCCGAUGGUUUGGGGAGCAUCGCAAUAGACGCGACCCAGCUGAACAUGUCGGUGACGGACCCCACCGCCUGGGCCACCGCCAUGAAUAACUUGGGCAUGGUUCCCGUGGGGUUGCCCGGGCAGCAGCUUGUGUCAGACUCGAUCUGUGUACCAGGCUUCGAUCCAGGCCUCAACAUGAUGACUGGGAUCACCCCUAUUAAUCCGAUGAUACCAGGCCUGGGGCUAGUACCACCCCCACCGCCAACAGAAGUGGCUGUCGUCAAAGAAAUAAUCCACUGCAAAAGUUGUACUCUUUUCCCUCAAAAUCCAAAUCUUCCACCCCCCUCCACAAGAGAACGACCUCCCGGGUGUAAGACUGUCUUUGUCGGAGGAUUACCAGAAAAUGCCACCGAGGAGAUCAUCCAAGAAGUCUUUGAGCAGUGUGGUGACAUCACAGCGAUUCGGAAAAGCAAGAAGAAUUUCUGUCACAUCCGCUUCGCCGAGGAGUUCAUGGUUGAUAAAGCCAUUUACCUUUCUGGUUACCGGAUGCGCUUAGGGUCCAGCACGGACAAGAAGGAUUCGGGCCGCCUGCACGUGGACUUCGCCCAGGCGCGGGACGACUUCUACGAGUGGGAGUGCAAGCAGCGGAUGCGCGCCCGCGAGGAGCGGCACCGGCGCAAGCUGGAGGAGGACCGCCUGCGGCCGCCCUCGCCACCGCCCGUCAUGCACUAUUCGGAGCACGAGGCCGCCCUGCUGGCCGAGAAGCUCAAAGACGAUGGCAAGUUUUCGGAGGCCAUCACAGUGCUGCUGUCCUGGAUCGAGCGAGGAGAGGUGAACCGGCGCUCCGCAAACCACUUCUACUCCAUGGUGCAGUCGGCCAACAGCCACGUGCGCCGGCUGAUGAACGAGAAGGCCACCCACGAGCAGGAGAUGGAGGAGGCCAAGGAGAAUUUCAAAAACGCCUUAACCGGGAUCCUCACUCAAUUUGAGCAGAUUGUGGCCGUUUUCAACGCUUCUACCAGACAAAAAGCUUGGGACCAUUUCUCGAAAGCUCAGCGCAAGAACAUAGACAUUUGGCGAAAGCACUCUGAGGAACUUCGGAAUGCUCAGAGUGAGCAGCUUAUGGGCAUCCGUCGCGAAGAAGAGAUGGAGAUGUCGGACGAUGAGAACUGUGACAGCCCCACUAAAAAAAUGAGAGUCGAUGAAUCAGCCCUGGCCGCCCAGGCCUAUGCGCUUAAAGAGGAGAACGACAGCCUCCGGUGGCAGCUGGAUGCCUACAGGAACGAGGUGGAGCUGCUGAAGCAGGAGAAGGAGCAGCUGUUCCGGACGGAGGAGAGCCUGACGAAGGACCAGCAGGUGCAGUUUCUGCAGCAGACCAUGCACGGCAUGCAGCAGCAAUUGCUGACCAUCCAGGAGGAGUUGAACAACAAAAAGUCAGAACUGGAGCAAGCAAAAGAAGAGCAGUCACACACACAAGCAUUACUCAAAGUUCUCCAGGAACAAUUGAAGGGUACCAAGGAGUUGGUCGAGACCAAUGGCCACAGCCAUGAGGACACAAAUGAAAUCAAUGUAUUGACAGUCGCGUUGGUCAACCAAGACCGAGAGAACAACACUGAGAAAAGAAGCCAAGGCUUAAAAUCAGAGAAAGAAGCUCUGCUGAUUGGCAUCAUAUCCACGUUUCUUCACGUCCAUCCUUUCGGAGCCAAUAUAGAAUAUCUCUGGUCGUACAUGCAGCAGCUGGACUCCAAGAUAUCUGCAAAUGAAAUCGAAAUGCUUUUGAUGAGGUUGCCACGCAUGUUUAAACAGGAAUUCACAGGCGUGGGAGCAACGCUGGAAAAAAGGUGGAAGUUGUGUGCCUUCGAAGGAAUUAAAACUACCUAACUGUGAAGAGCGAUGAAAUCUCUGGACGAAACCACCUGAACCUGGCCAGGGCUGUGCUGCGUAAGCCCAGGAGUUUUGGGGCAGGUCCAACACAGGACCUUUAUGGAGCCGUCAGAGCCUGACUGUAGUUACAUCUGUGGCGUUCUCUUGUGAGUGGAAAUGUAAUUGUGUACCAGUUCCCUAAAACAAACAAAGCUUCAUACUGUGACAGAUCUGUUUGCUAUGAAAACCAAUGAUUCCACAGUCAUAGUGAUGGCAGAACCCUAAAAUAUGCUACAUUUGAGACUAGCUCACCAAGCAGAAUAUUUAAAGUUAAUAAUGGUGUAGCAAUGGUCGUUGCUAGGCUACAGAGCUGUAUAUGUAAUGUAUAGCUGAAAUCAUUCAAUGACAUUUUCCUGAAAGUCUUUAUGUUUUAGUAAAAAAAAAAAAAAAAAAGAAGAAGAAGGAAAAAAAGUAAUUUUACAGUGAGGAAAAUCAUACCAAAAGAAAACCUGAAUAUGUGUCUGAACAGUUAUUUUGUAAAUUAAGUUAUAUGCUGUUCUAGGGACUUUUGCCUUAUUGAAGAGGCAGAAAAUGUGAUUGGACUCCUUGAGAAUGCUUUAUCAAGAAUAUUAUUUUUCUAAUGUAACAAUCCUCCAUCAUACAUUCUUUUAACAUGGACUGCAUAACAAUUUUCAUAAAAUGUAAAUAAAAGAAAAACUAGUGCUACUGUCUUGUACUUGGUAUGUAAUAUUCAGGUUUAUGCAUCAAAAUAAACAUUCAGUAAAUAUUGCUGUUACAAAUUUUAUAGCAAAGAUAUUAAUUUUUUUCAAUAAAUAUGACUUCUACCAUA